UCGACGUUGCUUUAGUGGCUCUGUUCGCGUCCCUCUCGAUUGACGCGUUCUUCGCGAUCGACUCUUACAGAGGAAAAGAGAUUAGUAUCAUCAUCAUCAUCAUUAUCAUCAUCAUCAUCAUUGCAAGUAUAUAAGGGCUGCUUCUCACAAACGAUCGAUCAUCAAGAAUUCUCAAGAUAUAAUAUCAAACCUUCUUCGAUGAUAUGAUGAUGAUGAUAAUGAUGAUGAUGCAUUCUUCUAUAAUGAUGACGACGACCUUGAUCGAUGUCUCUUCUUACGGUGGAUCAAGCAAUCUUCUUCUUGGCCCUAGACCCUGACCAUUCAGAACUUCGUCCAACAGAUCUAUCAUUGUUCUGAUUAAUAUUCUUGACUUUUUUUUCUAACUUGACUUAUUUAUUGAAAGUUCUUUUUCGCGUUGUUUUUGUGAACAAUACGAAUCUAGCAAAGUGCAACUUGAGUGUCUGUUAACAUUUUUCUAGUUGAGUGUGUUAAAUUUUUGAUUGAAGGAAAAAAAUAAAAAGAAUUAAAAUCAGUUCGAUCCAGUCUUGAUCAGAUCGUUUAUUUUUCUUUUUUAAUUCGAAUUGAGCGUGAAAUAAUUGGUUUUGCUGAACGUAGUAUCAAUCAAGUCGACCGUACCUCGGACGGUCGACUAAUCGGCGAUCGUCGAUUGUCAUCUACCAUUUCAUCAUCUACACGAUCAUAGCAACAGCAACAGCAAGAUGUUCAUAUUCGCCCAACGCGACGGUAUGUCGGCUAACAGCAGACAAGGAUCUACAUCAAGACGUAAUCGUUACGCUCGUUCAUCGACAACGACCAGUGUAACGCAACUUUUAACAGAUUCUUGCAGUAAUUUACUGCAACGAUUGACUACCAGGGUACGUGGCACUUCUACAGCCAAUGACCGAUCGAUCGGAACAAGACGAUCACCAAUCAAUGCUAGCAAUUAUCUUAGCAAUGCAAGGACUAGAUUAGAAGAUAAAUAUUCUUCUAUAUUGGACAAGUAUACCAAUAGGAAAACAAUCGAUGAUAAGGAAAAGAGUAUAGAUCUUAGUAAUAGUAAUAUCAAUAUUGCUGGUUAUUUUCGAAGGAAGGAUGAACGGGAACAUAGUUUUCAUCGAAGAGAUUCAUACGGCAGGGAUGAAAAAACAUUGGAACCAUCGUUGCCAAGAUCGGUUAUUAAAAGUACCACCAAUGUACUUCUCAGUGAGAAAGCUUAUCCAUAUGUAAGUUCUGCAACUAAUAAAGAAUUGAAACGUGAGAAAACACCUGGUUAUCGUAGGACAUCAGAUAGACAAACUCUGUUAAGUUCAGAAGCUUACCGACGUUAUGGUAGGCACAAAUCCGGUCACGCUGAAACACGCAAUAGAAAGGUCAGACCACAUCGGAAUGGUAAAAGCGAACAACUCGAUUGCAAGUCGACCUCUUCUCUUAGAUCUUUAGCUCGGCCAAGCAGAGUAGAACCUUUGAGCUUAGUUGCUGGCAAGGAAGUUCUUAACGAUCCAGAGAAAACACCAACCGAUGGUGGUGGUGGUGGUGGUGUUAGCGGUAGUGGUGGUGCUAGUAAUGGUGAUUGUACUACUAUUGUAGACGAUGCUAUACCUAAAAAAGAGCUAAAGAAUAGCGACGUUAACGAAGAAGUUGAUCCUGCUAUUUCCGAAAGAGCAGCCAGACGCAAAGAGAUUCAAAGUUUGAUUAUGAAAUACGCGGCUAUGGAUGAGGCUUUCAGCGAAAUUGCUGCUACUGGUGGUCAAGGAAAUGCUAAACCAAGUACUACAGAUAUCAUCGCUAGCAAGUAUAAGAAGAAUACUCAUGGUAGUAAUAACAAAAAGGAUAUCACGAAGAAUUCUUACGCGUCAAAUACUUCUUCCUCCUCUACUGUCAUUAACGAGUUGGAUACGAAUCACGCGAUCAGCCCACGACCGCCCUCCGUUGAGGACGACGAAGACGGCCACCUUGUUUACCAAUCCAGCGACAUCCUGGCAAAUAGAUAUAAAGUACUGGCCACCCUAGGAGAGGGUACUUUUGGAAAAGUUGUCAAGGUUAAGGACUUGCAAAUGGAUCAUGUAAUGGCUCUCAAGAUUAUCAAGAACGUUGAGAAGUACCGUGAAGCUGCGAAGCUCGAGAUCAACGCAUUGGAGAAGAUUGCCGCUAAGGAUCCCGAGGGACAUCAUUUGUGUGUCAAAAUGUUAGACUGGUUCAAUUACCAUGGACACAUGUGUAUCGCCUUCGAGAUGCUUGGCUUGAGCGUUUUCGAUUUUUUGAAGAAAAAUACGAUGAUGUUACAGAGAGACAACAAUUAUCAACCCUAUCCAUUGGAACAUGUUAGGCAUAUGGGUUAUCAGCUUUGCUAUGCAGUCAAGUUUUUACACGACAACAAACUUACGCACACCGAUCUUAAACCCGAAAAUAUCCUAUUCGUAGAUUCCGAUUACGAUAGCACGUACAAUAAUAAAAAGCGAAAAGAUGUACGACGCGUUAAAAGGACCGACAUCAGGCUAAUCGAUUUUGGCAGUGCUACGUUUGACCAUGAACACCAUAGCACAAUUGUCAGUACAAGACAUUACAGAGCACCUGAAGUUAUUUUAGAAUUAGGAUGGUCUCAACCUUGCGAUGUAUGGUCCAUUGGUUGCAUUCUAUUUGAAUUAUACUUGGGUAUAACUUUAUUCCAAACUCACGAUAAUCGUGAACAUUUAGCUAUGAUGGAACGUAUAUUAGGUACAAUACCACAUCGUAUGGCCCGAAAAACAAAGACGAAGUAUUUCUAUUAUGGUAAAUUAGAUUGGGAUGAUAAAAGUUCAGCCGGAAGAUAUGUUAGAGAUAACUGUAAACCUUUAUACCGUUAUUUGUUGUCGGACGACGAGGAACAUCGACAAUUGUUUGAUCUUAUUAAAAGGAUGUUGGAAUAUGAACCAUCGAUAAGGAUAGCAUUAAAGGAUGCUUUACAACAUCCAUUUUUCGAUGCACUUCCGACACAUCAAAGAUUAACGGAUCAACGUGCAGCUGGUGAUUCACAACAAGGUCACGAACGAUCGCAUUCGCUCUCUCGAUGAAGCUAGGAAAGGGACCGACUUCCGUACUGGACAGACACUAUUAAUAAUAAUAAGAAAAUAAAUAAUAAUAAUAAUAAUAAUAGUAAUAGUAAUAAUAAUAUUAAUAUUAAUAAUUAUAAAAAAAAUAAUCCACUCUCAACGAUAUUACUGCCCUACGUUUUAGUACUCGUUUUCUCUUUAUCCCAUUUUUGUUCGAGUUUCUCAACAAUAAUGACUGUUUUUAGUUGUUGUUAUUGUUGUUGUCGUAGUCGUCGUCGUUGUCGUUGUUGUUGUUGUUUCUCCAUUCAAAUAACUCGAUGACACGUAGAGAUCAUUUGUAUACUCGAUAACAUCUCGGAAUUGAUAAGAAAAGAAAUAAAAUAAUGAAAAAAAAAGACAUGAAUCACAGGACAUGAAGUUUUUA